UUGUUUUUAGGUGCCUCAGACUCCAUCCUGGCAACCCGCAGAGGUCAGCGAGCUUCCAGAGGUUACCAUGGAGAUGAUUGACCACCUGGAACGAUUGGCACUUGUUGAUUUUCGGAACCAGGAGGGGAUAGAAAGGCUAGCAGAUGCCAUACAGUUUGCCAACCAGCUGCAUGCUGUUGACACUGAGGGAGUGGAGCCCAUGGAUUCAGUGCUGGAGGACAGGCCAUUGUACCUGCGUGCAGACAAGGUCACGGAAGGUUACUGUGCAGAGGCAAUCCUGAGCAAUGUGAAGCAGGUUGUAGAGGGAUACCUUGUAGCACCUCCAGGGAAUAUUCCACUGCCAAAGAAGGAAGAGAGAGACAGCUUCAUUCAGCAUUCUAACUGGUGAUGAUGACAGGAAAUUUCGGAAUUAACAAUUUCAAAAUGGACACUUUUGGUGAGGAAUUCCACUUUCUUGCAGACAACUUGACAUGAUGGAACUUGCAUCUGCUGCAGUGAAGAUUCAAGUGCACCAGAUUUGUCAAGUGAAGCAGUUUUUCAUGUCAAAUGGUAGUACCAAAAGAAGUGAAAUUCAGUGGUGUAGAUUAUUUCUCUAUCAACUUGUGGAUUGUUGUUUUUGAUUAAAUUUAACUGAAUAGAAAAAAGUUGAUUUUAUAUGAAUAUUGAGAUAAAGAAAAGAUGCCUCUCUUA